AUGAGCAAAAGAAAAAACACCAGCAAAGGAUAUAGAUUUAUUUAGAUCAUUCAAUAGAUGCUAGACUGUAAUGAGUUUAUAGACAUAAUAAAAUGGGAUGAAGAGGGAAUUAAAAUUAAAAUUAUUGAUAAGUCCUUAUUGUAAGACAGUGUAUUGCCAAGAUAUUUUAAGCAUGGCAACUAUUCCAGUUUCUUAAGACAAUUAAACAUGUAUGGUUUUACUAGUUGCAAGGAUUAGAAUGGAAUCUUAACUUAUAAACAUCCAUAUUUUACUUAAAACCAAAUUAUCCAAAAGUUCAUUGAGAAGAAAAAGUAAACUCGAUUAGAGAGAAUGAAAGCAGGGACAUUUAUGAUGGAGCAAGAGGAACUACUAAAAACAAUGACCUCUUUGAAAUAAGAGCAAAUUAAAAUUCAACAAUAAUUGGUUGCAUCCAUCAAGUAAUAGUUGGGAUUUUAACAUCAUUUCAAACUGAUUAUUGAAAGACUUUUGGAGAUCAAAACAAUAUAAGAGAGGAGAGGAGUGUUUUUUAUUGAGGGCGUACGCAUGAUAGUGAAGGCGAUGAAACCAGAAGCUUGUAAAUUGAAUUUCAAUAUCGAAUGA